AAUACUAGAAAUGGCGCGCGCUUACGGUCUCCGUCCCCGAUUAUGGCUCCUGAUAUUACCCCAUAGCUCCUUAGAGUACAGCUUUUCCGCGGCAUUCUCAACAAGGCACAUUUCAAAUGCAAUACGCGAUUUAACAAAGGUGGUCGAAAUGAAACAUGAAUUCGUUUAUCUUUCCCAUGGUACCUUUCGUGCCACUUCCUUUUAGCACACUGUGUUUCCGUUGGCGUAUGUUUGUGGGGUAUUUCUUAAACUCGAGUCUUUAAUAUUUAUUGGCUGAUUAAAAACUCGUAAAUGAGAUGAAAUGCCAGUAUGCCAUCAGUGUUAACAAAGACGAAGUAAAAGACGUCUUAAAGAGAGACAUUGUUGUGAAGGAUGCGUUUGUGAAAAUUUAAAAGUCUUGGUCACCUGCUCGCAGUGAAAGAAGCUGAACAUGGCUUAAAACUCUUUUGACCUUUCGUCAUGUUUAUCGACUGGGUGAACGUCCCACCCAAUUUAGUGCCAUUACCUCAAUAACGCUUCGAAACUCAAAGUAGAACUGUUCAUAAAAUGGAAGACAGCUUCAAUUUAAUUAAUUACCCAUUCCUCAUUAGAAUGGACCACACACGCUCGCGAACUGUUUGUGUUUUGUCGCGAACACCUUUACUACCAAACUGUUGUUGACGACGUUCGGCCUGUUUAUCUUAAUUAACGAAUGCUCGCGCCGAAGAUGCAAUUUCUAUUCGACAAUUCAGUGAGCGAAAACUUAAGCUUUCGGCGAGAUAACAGAUAACGAAUGUUUACCUGCAGGUAAGAAAAAAACGUAUUAUGGCUGAGCUGUCCUGCCGGGGGGCAACUUGUUAGCGUUUUUCCUUUGUUUCUUAAGCCGUGUGAAUGGACAACUCCUUAGCUACGAAUAUUUGGUCGUCAUAACAAAUUCUCACAAGUUUUUUUUUCUGUAUGUAAGAUUGGCAGUGUUGAGACGGUUCAGUCGCAUUUGCUGAUCAGAGUUUUGAGGGUAAAAUUACACGCUUCUCUAAUUUCCACUUUCAAGAGGAAAACUUUCACUUUUGCCGUUCCCAGAAGUAACAGGGAGCCCGCGCAUAACGAGUUUGAAACAGUGCGCGUUUUUUGGGAAGGGCUGUUAACUUGUCUGAGAACACGGUAGCUGUCGAGCUUUUAGCGCAUCCAAAAUGCCAGGUCAGAAGAAAUCUGCAGAAUUAGCCGCCCUCCUUGUGGUGUCGUUUAGCUUGGCGACUGUGAUCCUUUCUGAAGGUCAGAAAUUGACGUGUGUCUGCUCUACACCGUGGUCGAGCUCAUCGUCCAGUGUGUCACCAUCAAGUUCCUCCUCGGCUAGUGCAUCGGAUUCAAGUUCGUCUUUUUCAAGUGUAUCUGACUCGAGUUCGUCUUCUGCGAGUGCAUCUGACUCGAGUUCGCCUUCUUCAAGUGUAUCUUACUCAAGUUCGUCUUCUGCGAGUGCAUCCGACUCGAGUUCGUCUUCUUCAAGUGUAUCUUACUCAAGUUCGUCUUCUGCGAGUGCAUCUGACUCGAGUUCGUCUUCUUCAAGUGUAUCUGACUCAAGUUCGUCUUCUGCGAGUGCAUCUGACUCGAGUUCGUCUUCUGCGAGUGCAUCUGACUCGAGUUCGUCUUCUUCAAGUGUAUCUGACUCGAGUUCGUCUUCUGCGAGUGCAUCUGACUCGAGUUCGUCUUCUUCAAGUGUAUCUGACUCGAGUUCGUCUUCUGCGAGUGCAUCUGACUCGAGUUCGUCUUCUGCGAGUGUAUCUCUCUCGAGUUCGUCUUCUGCAAGUGUGUCAGCUUCUAGUUCCUCCUCUUCGAGUGUAUCUGACUCCAGUUCCUCCUCAGCUAGUGUGUCUGACUCCAGUUCCUCCUCAGCUAGCCUGUCUGACUCGAGCUCUUCCUCAGCUACUGUUUCACCGUCAAGUUCCUCCUCGGCCAGUUUAUCAGCAUCGACAUGUUCCUGCUACUAUACCACUAUAUCAGCAAGCAGUUCCAGUGUGUCUGACAGCUCCAGCAGCAGUGCUAGUGUUUCCGAGUCCGUAAGUUCCAGCAGCAGUUCUAGUGUUUCAGAGUCCCAAAGUUCCAGCAGCAGUGCAAGUAUGUCUGAUAGUUCCAGCAGCAGUGCAAGUGUGUCUGAUAGUUCCAGCAGCAGUUCUAGUGUUUCAGAGUCCGUAAGUUCCAGCAGCAGUACCAGUGUGUCUGAUAGUUCCAGCAGCAGUUCUAGUGUUUCAGAAUCUGAAAGUUCUAGCAGCAGUGCUAGUAUGUCUGACAGUUCCAGCAGCAGUGCCAGUAUGUCUGAUAGUUCCAGCAGUAGUGCAAGUGUUUCCAAUUCCAUAAGUUCCAGCAGCAGUGCCAGUGUGUCUGAUAGUUCCAGCAGCAGCGCCAGUGUUUCAGAGUCUGAAAGUUCCAGCGGCAGUACCAGUGUGUCUCCAUCUUCCAGCAGCAGUACCAGUGUGUCUCCAUCUUCCAGCAGCAGUGCCAGUGUGUCUCCAAGCUCAAGCAGCAGUGUCAGUGUGUCCCCAUCAUCAAGCAGCAGUGCCGGUGUGUCUCCAUCUUCCAGCAGCAGUACCGGUGUGUCUCCAUCUUCCAGCAGCAGUACCAGUGUGUCUCCAUCUUCCAGCAGCAGCGCCAGUGUGUCUCCAUCUUCCAGCAGCAGUACCAGUGUGUCUCCAUCUUCCAGCAGCAGUGCCAGUGUGUCUCCAAGCUCAAGCAGCAGUGCCAGUGUGUCCCCAUCAUCAAGCAGCAGUACCAGUGUGCCUCCAUCUUCCAGCAGCAGUGCCAGUAUGUCUCCAUCUUCCAGCAGCAGUACCAGUGUGUCUCCAUCUUCCAGCAGCAGUACCAGUGUGUCUCCAUCUUCCAGCAGCAGUGCCAGUGUGUCUCCAAGCUCAAGCAGCAGUGCCAGUGUGUCCCCAUCAUCAAGCAGCAGUACCAGUGUGCCUCCAUCUUCCAGCAGCAGUGCCAGUAUGUCUCCAUCUUCCAGCAGCAGUACCAGUGUGUCUCCAUCUUCCAGCAGCAGUACCAGUGUGUCCCCAUCAUCAAGCAGCAGUACCAGUGUGUCUCCAUCUUCCAGCAGCAGUGCCAGUGUGUCUCCAUCUUCAAGGAGCAGUGAUUCUUCAUCCUCAUCGAUGUCUCCCACCAAACCUUUAACAGGUUCCACUUCGAUGACUUCCUCCUCGCACUCAGAAUCAUCAGUUUCCAUUUCAUCAACGCCUUCGGAAUCAAUGCACUUUUCAUCCACGGUUGUGCCAGAUCCAUGCAGUUCUCUAUAUUGUCUUAACAAUGGCGAGUGCGAAGUGAAUCUCAAUGGAACAGCUGAAUGUGACUGCGCCCCUGGUUUCAUAGGAAUGACUUGCGAGAUAGAUGUGGACGAGUGUAAUGGUACUAAUGGUACUAGUCCGUGCCAAAACAAUGGAACUUGCAUAGACGGGAUAAAUAGCUAUUCUUGCAACUGUACCGCUGGAUUCAUUGGGCCAAACUGUAGCCACGUUGACCCUUGCUAUAACACCGAUCCGUGUAAGAAUGACGGCGCAUGCUAUGUAGCGGAUGAUUACAGUUUCUUCUGCGUCUGUCCGAUUCCUAAAGCUUACACUGGACCUGAUUGUGGUACUCCGAUUGACUGUUUCUGGGACGUUAUUUACCCGUACGGAGAAGAACAACAAGACCAGGAAAUGGAGGUGGAUUUGGUCGAGGGAGGAGAAUGUAAAACAAUAAGGAACGACGAUGGCUUUUAUUUCUAUGACAUAAAGCGAUACAAACUGUCUAUUUGCGCGGAUGGAACGAUUCGUUUCGAUCAGGCUUUAGUGCUAAACUCUGCGCCAUUACCAACCUGGGAUACGUUGAAAUUCCGGUUCACAGUUCCCAUGUUAUUCCCAUUCUGGUCAGUAAUCGAUCGUGACCACUCGUUCUGUUCCAGUGCUGAAGACUGCUUAUUCGAUUACUCAAAUCGUUCUGCUGUCUUCCGCCAAGUUUAUAAAGAAGGCUCCAAUGCGCCGAAUGCUUCCUACAUACUAGAUAGAGCAAGUCAAGAUGUCAGGAACAACACACAGUCGUUUAGUUUCUUCUCAGCCACAUGGGUACUCGUGGUGACGUGGCUGCGUCUUCGACCCAAGGUGCUGUCUGUGAGAGACGUCAAAGAAGAUAUUACCAACACUUUUCAAGCAGUUAUAAUAACAGAUGGAACCUACACGUUUCUGAAAUACCAUUACCCCUGUGGCGGCCUUCAGUGGGCAACACCGACUUUUGAUGACCUCUUCUCAGUAGCUGGCUUCAACGCUGCAGAUGGUGAGCUGAGUGACCGAGCUAGGUUUCCUACUCUUGAUGGGUCGGCGUCACAAAGAGCGACGGAGCUUUCCACUUUCUUACAAGAUGAAAAUUCAAUCAUUCGAGGAGAGUUCAGUUUCAGAAUUGAAACAAGGACGGGUGAUGAUGAUGAAACAAAGUGCAGGAAGUGGGUCAAAUUUCAAGAGGAUAAUCUCAAAAGUCUGAUAACACAGUCAUUUUUGCCGAGAUGCCCAUGUUCAUUAUUCCAAGCCCUCUUCGACAGCAGAUUCUUUUUUUCGGACCCCUUCACGGAGAACAUAUGUUUUAACUCUUCUGUCAUAACCCCCAUCACUGGAAAUCUUGUUUCUGGAGUUCUUUUCCAAAGGUGUUGCUAUUCGCCACAAUUUGGUGCACUUGUUGUAGACGAAGUUGACGCUGGCAGCGUAGUAUUUGAAAAAGGAAAAACUACUCUGCCGGACGAUGUAUUGGAUGACUUCGCUGCAAAACAGGUCUGCUGCUAUAACUCCCCAAACUGUGACAAGUUCUACUCCGUGAGACCAUCCCAGGACUGUACAGGAUACCUUCCACUUAUUAGAAUAUGGUUUUGGGGAGAUCCACACUUAAAAACACUGGACGAUAAAGAUUACACUUUCAACGGUAUCGGAGAAUACACAAUGGUUGAUGCCGACAACAGCUCGUUUGUUCUCCAAGCAAGAACUGUUUUGGCUCCAGGGAACCUUAGCAUAGCAACGGUCUUUUCAGCAGGGGCGGCUAAGGAAUACAAUACCAGCACAGUUGAAGUCAGAGCCAUGAACGAAAGUGGUUUGGCACUAUACAUCGAUGGCACGUUGUUCGCUGGCUACAACGAUUUAACUAACGUGAGUAAAGACAUUGGAGGCAACUUGAGGGCCGCCAGAAAAACUGAAAAGUGUCUUGAUAUUACUUUCAAGUCUGGAACGGGGGUGCAAUUCUGCGUAGACAAAGGUUUGAUGACGUUUGUGGUGAUGUUAACCGAUGAGUAUUUUAACAAGACCAGAGGACUGCUCGGAACUUUCAAUGGCAAUCCUGAUGAUGACUUUACCUUACCAAAUGGAACUGUCCUUUCGCCAAACUUGACUUCAAGUGAAAUUCAUUAUGAUUUUGGUUUAGAGUGGCAAAUAACGAACGAAGAGUCAUUGUUCACCUACGCGCCUAAUGAAAGCGUUGCCACCUUUGCCAAUGCAAGCUUCGAGCCCAUGUUUGUGGAAAAUAUUGAGUGGGCGGACAAUGCCACAAGGGACGCUGCCUUCUCAGCGUGUGAUGGAGAUGUCGCCUGUUUGUUUGAUGCUGCAUCUACCAAUGAUGUUUCCAUAGGAACUAACAGCAAAGAUGUUAACGUCCAGUUGGUAAAAGAGAACGAAGAGCUUGCCAAUUUCCCUCCAAAGUUUAUUUACGUUCCAACAAUGAUCGAGGCCAAGCUUGGAGAAAUCGUUUUCGUCAACGUAACUGCCACAGACAACAACUCAUUUGUAUUCAACGUCCUGAACAAGCCGCCAGGGGCCAGCUUCAGUAGUACGGGAGGUCUCCUAAACUUUACAUGGAACGUAACCUCCUCUGAAAGGGUUAAGUUCACAUUCAUAGCAACAGACGAGUUCAACGCUUCCGUGAGUUCUAUACCGACCAUAAAGAUGUGUGCCUGCGAAAAUGGUGGUCAGUGCGUCGCUCCAGAGCUGGGCGACAAACUAAACAACGACAGUAAAUUCAUAGUCCAAGGCUGCACAUGCGCAGCGGGAUACACAGGCAGGUUUUGUGAAAACGACAUUGACGCCUGUACUUUCAACGGAAAUCCUUGUUUCACGGGUGUUAACUGCACAGAUCAACCUCCUCCAGCAAAUAUUACAGGCUUUAUUUGUGGACCUUGUCCAUCCGGGUAUUUUGGAGACGGUCUCGAAUGCACUGACAUCGACGAAUGUAGCAACAACACUUUGAACAACUGUGAGCAGACAUGUGUCAACAGUCUUGGCUCGUUUAGCUGUGAAUGUAAUUCUGGCUACAGUUUGAACAGCAAUGAUUUUGGCUGUGAUGAUAUUAACGAAUGUGAGCCCACAAGUGAUUGCAUGCACCAGUGUAACAACACGGAAGGAAGUUACCACUGUUACUGUAAUGAAUUCUUCAAGGUUGAUACAAGCGACCCAAAAAGCUGCACACCCAUUACGGAAUGCCCAGUAAGCAAUGAUUGCCACCAAGUCUGUUUCAUAAAGGGAGGUAACAGCCAGGCUUGUGACUGUGAUGCGGGUUAUAAACUUGAAAGUGAUAACAAAACCUGUAAUGAUAUUGACGAGUGUGAAAUUGAUGACAUAAAGUGCACGCAGUCGUGUCAGAAUAAAGAUGGAGGAUACGACUGUCAGUGUUAUACUGGAUUUAAUUUGGAAGCUGAUGGUUUCACAUGUACAGACAUUAAUGAAUGCUUGGAUCCAAGUUUGUACAGCUGUCCUGGACAAUUCCGUGUCUGUGCUAAUAUUCCUGGUAACUACACCUGUGAAUGCCAGAAUGGAUUGUUCUACAUCAACAACACUUGCCAGGCCCUCCUGCCAGGCGAGAAGCCACCUGACCCAACAGUUCCAGUACCAAAGGAGGCAUCAGACAAUGAAGUUCAGAAUUCAGUGAAUAUUACAGUGCCGAGUAUGACACUAAUUGAGUACACCGCGGCGGUUGAUCUAGAGUUCAGGAAGACAACCGCCAAACAGGCCGACAACUAUUGUCAAGAGAAUAAAGAUGAGUGUGGAAUAACAAGCAAAAGAAGAAGGCGGAGCACACAGAUUAUUACUGCCGAUAACGUUCACUUACUACCAGGCUACCCAUUGGAAGAAAACUCGGCCUUGAGGUUGGCUUUCUACAUUUUACUGCCGUCAUUCCUUGAAAGCAGUGGCAUUAUCCCUGCGGCUGUUCUUGCGCAAGUGGUGAACGACGUCAAGUCAGAUCUUGAGACAGUGUUGGGAUAUACUAUCUCUGAAAUAAAGUUGACACAUGAGCCGACGACGACCACAGCUCCACCGGCACCUACUAAUGCUACUAAUGUAACGACCUCGGAGCAGCCUCAGACAACUGGUCCAGCCUCCACUGUUACCACCACGGAGAAAACGGAUGACGACUGGAAAUGGAUCGUGAUUGGAGUCGUUGUUGGCGUUGUAGUCAUUGUUAUAAUCGUCCUGGUCGUCUACUUAGUGAUUAGGAGAAAGAAUUCAAGCAAAGUUGGCAUAAUAAGCGGCGAUAGAGAAAGUGGGCAACAUUCAAGAGAUGAAAAUGGCAAUCCUGGCGGUGAGGGGCAUCUCAUGGCGACCUUUCACAUGGAGCAAGGCCAAGGAUCAUCUAGGGCGUAAAGCACAAUAGCUACAAUCUUAACCAUAGAAGCUAGCUCUGGACACCUCUCCUUCCAGACCUUUUAAAAGCCAAGUAGCUGAACUCUGUAUAUUGCAGCGAUUGUGUAAAAGGUCGAUGCGCAAGCAGCACACAAAAGAGCAUGUGAGAAUCUGAAGCCACUAGGCGAGGCUAAGCUUCCAGUUAUUGACUUUCUUUAUUAGUUAUUGUCUCGUAUUAGCAGCACAGAUAGCUGUUGCGGUCUUAUGUGGCUUCAUCAGCAUAGCAUAUCUGACAUACAACAGGUAUUAUCGGUGAGAUGAAAAGUCAGUCCGUAAAACAGUAUUUAUUCACGUUCAUUGGUCCUUAAAUGAGAAGUAUUGUUUUAAAACGAAUUUCUAUUUCGAGGAUGUGAUCUUGAGUUAAACUUGUAUUUUAGUUAGGUGGGAUGUAAACCGAUUGACUCGAGAAAGUUUAAGCGAUUUUUAAGCAGUUGACUUGUAGAGUUUGAUCAUUGACCAAAAAAGCUCCUUCUC